AUGUCAGAGAGCGAGUCAGAGUAUAGUAAUAACCCUGGGGCCUUUGAUGGGGAGUCAUCUACCAAAGGCUUUGCUCUAGAGCCCGAGAGUGCCGAUUCUGAAGGUACUGAUCUAGAAAUGCUGGAAGAAGUGGAGAUGCCUACUAAGGCUGUGGGAUCUUCCCAUCCAGCAAUGAAGCCAGACACAAAUCGACCUUCAAUGUCUGGCUGUGAUGGCGAGACAGCUGAAGUGUCGAUAGCCGCUUCUAGGGAGGGAGUGCUGACCAUGGUUACCAGUAGCCAACUGGUGCCGAUUGCGCAACCGAAGGGCCCAGUGUUUGGCGUUGACUUCCUAGAACAGAACGAGCUGACCGAAUGGGAAUUGGCUAGGAUCUGA